AACACAAAAGCCCAUCUGAAAGUCACCCACAAGGAGCUGAAGGAUCUGCAGUGGGAACACGUGGUGCUGGAGCAGCGGUUCAAGAAGGUGCAGGUGGAGCGAGAUGAGCUCUAUCAGAAGUUCACCACAGCCAUCCAAGAGGUGCAGCAGAAAACAGGCUUCAAGAACCUGCUGCUGGAGCGCAAGCUGAAAAGGCUCCUCGAAGUCCUGGAGAAAAAGGAGGUGGAGCUCAACGAGGCCAUCGCAUCCUCCAACCUCGACCCCGCCGCCCUCUCCUUGGCCUCGCACAAGCUGGAGGACUUGCUCAACUCCAAAAACAGCACCAUCAAGGACCUGCAGCUGCAGCUGGCCCGAGUCUGCAAGGCCCACAACGACAUGCUGCAGACCUUCGAGGCAAAGCUGACGGCUUUUGGCAUCCCCCUGGACAACCUGGGCUUCAAGCUGCUGGCCACACCCGUGCUGGGGCAGGUGGUGGGGCAGGGCCCCGCAGGGCUCGUGGCUGUGCCCACCUGA